AUGAACCAACCUCCCUCUCCGUCCCCAGACCCCCGCGAGGGGCGCUUGGACUCAGAAAUUACCUCUAUCCGCAGUCAAAUCCGCGCCCUCCACCGACGCCGCCGAGUCCUCACAUCCAGCCUCCUCACCUCAGACCCAAUCCAGAAACUUCUGCAAAGACCACGAAUAACAACAUCCCUCGACAACAUCUCCUCCAUCUCACCCCUCGUCCGCGCAGCGGGAACACACUCCGACUCGAACCACCACCGCGUCGCCUUCGGGACGACCGCGUUUCCUUUCAAAGAUCCCUCCCCGACGUCCUCAGGUGAACUACUAGGUCUGCGCAUUGAUAUCUGCGCGCGCAAUGGGCGCUUCACCAAACCGUACUAUGUUCUCUUGCGUCGGGAACGCACGCCCAGAAGUGCCGGUGCCCAUGCCGGUGCGGGACGUCCUCGGAGACUGUUGCGUGUCUAUAGGCAUACCGUGCCUGCGUUUAUUUCCAUUGCGAGAUUGGAGCAGGUGUAUCUGCCACCCUCUAGGCGGGACGGCGAUUGGAAUGGGGAGGAGCGGGGGGAGAGUAUGGACCCCGAAGACGAAGAGGAGGAGGAGGACGACGACGGUCCUUUAAAGCCGUGGAAGCAGUCGGGAAAGGCUGCGCGAAAACAGGACGUGCGUGGGUUCGUCCGGGAACUGCGCCGCGAGCUUGUGGCGUGGCAUGUCCGUGUUGAUGCUGUUGAUCUUCUGCGUGAGAAAUUGGCAUUGACGGAGUCAAGCAAGGCCGUGGCCACGGCACCGGUUGAGGGUACUGGGAUUGUGUCUCUUUCGUCUACGGCGCUGGAGGCGCGGUAUGUGCGGCUAGAGUGGGAAGAUGGCCGGGUUGGGCGGUUCAAGUUGUCCAAUACGGGUCUUGUAGAGAGGGCCGUUGUGAUUGGGGACCAGGGUCGAGAUAAGAAGACUGAAGAGGCUAUGACUGGUUCUGGUGGGAGAGCGGAAACUAUUCUGGAACGGCUGCGUGAGGCUGCCUAA